GCAACUAAAAGUAGACACAAACACGGACAAAUAGACCCCGAAACACAUUUCUCCUUUUCGCGAUCCCAAAAAAUUGAAAAUAAUAAUGAAUAAAAAAACAGAGAGAUAGAGAGAUUGUUACACGACACCGGACAGACACAGCUUCACGUUGGCGUGAGAAAAUAAAAAAAUAUAUUUAUUUUUUGUUUUUGUAGAGAGAGAAAGAGAGAGGAGAUGAAGAUCACGGCACUUUUGGUAUUGAAGUGCAUACCGGAGGGAUCGGAUCCGGUGAUAGUAGCAAACGCAGCAGAUGUCAGCCAUUUCGGUUACUUUCAGAGGUCAAGCGUGAAAGAAUUCAUCGUUUUCGUCGGCCGUACCGUCGCGAAACGCACUCCUCCUGACCAACGCCAGUCUGUUCAACACGAAGAGUAUAAGGUGCAUGCUUAUAACAGAAAUGGACUCUGUGCAUUGGGAUUUAUGGACGAUCAUUAUCCCGUUCGCAGUUCGUUUUCCCUUCUCACUCAGGUUUUAGAUGAGUAUCAGAAGAAUUUUGGUGAUUCAUGGAGGACUGCACAGGCAGAUAGCACUCAACCUUGGCCAUAUUUGAAUGAAGCUUUGGCCAAGUUCCAAGAUCCUGCAGAGGCAGACAAGUUAUUGAAAAUUCAGAGGGAGUUGGAUGAGACAAAAAUUAUCCUGCAUAAAACUAUUGACAGCGUGCUUGCUCGAGGCGAGAAACUAGACAGUCUAGUUGAAAAGAGUUCAGAUCUGAGUGCUGCAUCACAGAUGUUUUACAAGCAGGCGAAAAAAACCAAUCAAUGUUGUACCAUACUGUAACUUGUCGAAGCAAGCUGCAAAAUAUAAUCAGUUGCACUUGUUAUAAUGUUGAAGGUGGCAGACGACAAAGUGAUUGUAAUAUGUUUAUAUCAUUUAUCAAUUGUUUUGUGUGAUACUAUGGAAUAUCUGCUUCUGGAUAUUUUGUCUCUUGGAUGAAAAAGAAAGGAAACUAGAACAUUGACACUAGAGUUUCUCUUUAUAGUUUUGUUCUCAUCUUGUCGGGUAGCAUAGUUCACUUUCAUGGGUGCUGUAUGUAUGCAGUUCUCUUUCUUUCAAGCUUAUUUCUUCAAGUAAUAUAUGUUUCUUUGUUUGUUC